CAGCAAGCACGCGCUGUAGGCGCAUACUUCGCAAAUACACAAUUCACCAAGAUCUACGCGUCCCCUUUACCCCGCGCACGGGACACAGCCCAAGCGGUACUAGACGCGCAGCCCACGCCCAAGCCUCCUCAUGAUUUCACCAUCACCCAGAUCAGAGAACAAAGUUUUGGAGCCGCAGAAGGGCAUCAAACGUGCAUACGGGAGCCAGGCAAGACGCUCGAAGCUCACUUUGCAGAGGACAAGUACCCGAUUUUAUAUGAAAGCGAGAAACACGUGGCGUUUCCUGGUGGAGAGUCGGUGGAGGAUCUGACCAGGAGGGCUGAGAGGGCAGUGAAGGAGGUUGUGCUUCCUCAUGUGGUGAAUGUUGCGAGGUCUGGGAGGGACGAACAUAUCGCACUUGUGAGUCAUGGGUUGUGUAUUGCGCAAGUGGUGAGCGCAAUUGUGAGAUUGGGUGGGGGAACAUGGAAGCGAAAAGGACCCAUGGUUAAUACGGCUUGGGUGAGGGUAGAGGUGCGGAUUCAGGGUGGAAUGCCCGUGGAAGUCGCAGACGACGAGGUUCCUCCGGUAGAAGUGACAGUGACGGACGAGGCCAGAGCGGAUCACCUUGAAGGCCUUGUGCGUUGA